AUGGAUGACCCGAAUGAAGUGAUACGUGAUCAGCUAUUGUGGGAUGAUGGGAUGGAGGAUGUGCUCAUUAAUUUCUUGUACGAUGAUUCCAUUGCCGGAAGAAUUCGGGGUGGGAAGAUCACCCACAACGACCAUGUUCGGCUUGCUGAACGAUUGUCCGGUUAUGGGAUGAAGAAGUUUAACUCUGAGCAAGUCAAAGGAAAAAUUGCUCGCCUGAAAAGAAGGCAGAGAGAAUUCACAGAUCUGAUGAGGCAAACAGGGUUGGGUUGGGAUCCAGAUAGGAAGGGUCCAGUGGCUAGCGAGGAACACUGGGCAAACGCAAUCAGGGUGAGAAACUCAUUCAAGAAUUUUAAGAGUAAUGGAUGCCCUCGGUAUGAAGAGCUAUGUGCUAUCUUUGGGUGUUCUGUUGCUAUGGGAACCCUCCAUCGAGCAUCGACUGAGCCCGCCCCAACUAGUGAGGAGGAGGACCUACUUGACGAGGAGCUACGAAACCGAGGAAGGCCAUGCCAAGAUGAUGAAGGGGGCCCAUCACCACCUUCUCCCAUGUAUGGUUCCACGCAAUCAAGACGACCAUUAUCUGCCGCAUACAGUAGUGGAUCUCGUCGAUGCCAGAGGGCCGGGCCUUCCCACUCAGCUGUCAUGAAUGAACAAAUGAGCAAGACCUUGGAGGCAAUUGAGAAAAGUUUUGAGGUGAGGAGAAUGGCUGCAGAGGAGUGGAGGGCCUCGAAGCGCAGUAGAGACAACAGCAUGGAGACUGAAGGUGUUGUGUCUACCAAUACUCGUACGCGCUGCUUUCAGUUUCUUGACGAAGUUGAGCCUCACCUGCCUUUUGAUCAAUGGCACAAGGCCUUUAAUAAAUUAACCGUUGAUGACGACUUGCAGAGGUCGUUCGUUGCGAUCUCUGCGGAGUGCAGAGCAGAGUGGGCCUGGAAUUUAUAG